GGACGUAUUUCUAAGGACGUAACUCCAGCUAACUUUCAUUUAAAAAAAGGCUUACUAGGUGAGGGUUUAAGAUUUAUUUUAAGAAAGAGGAUUGGGGGUUCAAUCGGUGAAGCACUACUAGUACAAUUUAAGGUGAGCGAAUGAGCCUAGCAAUAACUGCUUUGGGGUUAAACUUUUACCUCUUCUAUUCGUGUAUUGAAAGGGUACAAGAAAGCACUUUUGAGGUUAUUCAUUUUUGUCUGACAUAUAAUCAAUCGAAAGGUGACGUCAUUAUUAAAUUUUUGAAUGAUUUGCGUGAAUGUUGUAAACAAGUUUGUCAACUUCCGGACAAAGGAAAGGAAUCUAAGACAGCAGCACUUUAUGGAAUGGCUGCACAAAUACCUGAUAAAACAAUAAUUGAAGAUGUUGCUCAUCUAUAUUUGGAUGCUUGUUAUUCAAUGCCUACUAAAGCUUAG